GCUUGCCCAGACCAGGCUCCGUACCGACGCCUACGCGGUCGGCCCUUCGACCCAAGCAAGCUCUCCUCGUGCCUCUCUUCUCCCCCUUCUCUACGGUCCUUGCCUCUCCGUGAGCCCUCCACCGUCCACCCCAGUGUGCCCUUCGACCUCCCGUCGCUUUCGUUAUCGACUCCCCCGUCGCAGCUUCGUCCGUCGCUUGGCCUGGAGGGUUGCUGGUCGCCGGUGCGGUUGCGUGCACCCGCAAAGGGGGAACGAACACCUGUCGACUCGCCCGCCUCUUUUAUCGACCCUCCCUCUCGCUCUCUCCUCGCUUUGCGUCUCCUAUCCCCACACUCUUGCGUGAUCUUCGAGGAUGUUGCUCCCCAAGGGCGGUGUGACGUGGAAGUCCGCUCGCGCAAGGUUACCACCAUGGCGAGCGGUCGUCGUCUUGCUGACCCGGCCGCGCUUCCUGGUGUCGGUCGCAGUCGCCGGCCUGAUUAUCCUCCUAUGGCGUGGCAUCAGCAAUCCCCGAUGGAAAUGUCUAUCAACGAGAUGGUGGAAUGGAACGCCCAUCUGCAGACGCCCGUUAUCUUCAACAACCAUGAGCCCUACGAAGUGAAUUCCAGCACAAUCACGUCGGUCGACCUGAAUCCCAUCAAGUCGACCCCCCAGGCCGUGGCUAACGGCGAACGGAUCCUGAUCCUGACCCCUCUGCGAGAUGCCGCUCCUUUCCUCCCGAAAUAUUUCGACCUUCUCUCCGAACUGACGUAUCCGCAUGACCUCAUCGACUUGGCCUUCCUGGUCGGCGACUGCUCCGAUGACACCCUGGCUGUCCUGACUUCCGAGCUCAAGCGUGUCCAGGAGCAAGUCGAAGAGAAGAUCGCCUUCCGCAGCGCCAUGAUUGUCCAGAAGGACUUUGGUCCUGUGGUCGACAUGGACAUCGAAGACAAGCACUCUUUCAAGGCCCAAGGGCCCCGACGCAAGGCGAUUGGCCGCGCUCGCAACUACCUUCUCUACACUGCCUUGAAGCCCGAACACUCCUGGGUCUACUGGAGAGAUGUCGAUAUCGUCGACAGCCCAAACAAGAUCAUCGAGGACUUCAUCGCUCACGACAAGGAUAUUCUCGUUCCCAACAUCUGGUUCCAUCGCUACGAGAACGGUCGCGACAUUGAAGGUCGAUGUAGGUGUUUCCUUUUGCUCGUUUUGAUUUUGAUUCUCGAAUCCAUUGCUGACCUCGCUUCUCUGCCAGUCGACUACAACUCGUGGAUUGAAUCCGACAAAGGACGCAAACUGCGCGAGUCUCUCCCGGAAGACACGAUCUUGGCUGAGGGCUACAAGGAGUUUGACACCGGCCGUACUUACCUGGUUAAGCUGGGUGAUUGGAGGAAGAACAAGGAUGAAGAGGUUGAGCUGGACGGAAUUGGUGGUGUUAACAUUCUUGUCAAGGCGGACGUUCACCGUUCUGGCAUCAACUUCCCGGCAUAUGCUUUCGAAAACCAGGCUGAGACGGAAGGAUUCGCAAGGAUGGCCAAGCGAGCGGGCUACCAGGUCAUUGGUCUGCCCAACUACGUCGUCUGGCACAUCGACACGCAAGAGAAACCCGGCAAUCUCGGGGGUCGCAAGGCCUACUGA